AAAAAAAGCAAAAACACUAUGGUCAGAACCAACGAUGGAGCCAGAAAGAGAAGUCAUCAAGUAAUUAAUGUUGACGAUGAUGACGAUGAAGAAUUCAUUGAAUUGGAUACAAUAGACGACGAAGAAGCAGAUUCCGAAGUGAUCAAUGUUUAUCAUCAUCAACAAGAAUUCGAACCAUCACGAAAAAAGAUUAAAUUUGAAGAAUUUGAUCAAGAAGCAAUGGUUUCUGAUGGCAACACUUCCGGUUCACCUUUCUAUGCCAGUAAUGAAAGUAGUAAUGUAUUCUGUUCGGAUGUAGUUUCCAAGAUUAUGCAAUAUUUACCCUAUUUUCAAACCAUUCGCUUGAUGAGUGUUUCGUCUGAGUGGAAACAAGCACAAUGUGGAGUGACUAUGGCCUACAUUAAAGAAACGAUCAAGAGUACUGUUCUGAAAAAGUUUAUUGGUAGUCCAUGCUUUAAGAAUCUUGCCUGUUUGGAUGUUCGUGCAAAUUUGAAACCUAAAGCAUGGCAAUGGAUAUUCAAAGCAUGUGUUAAUUUGACUCAUUUGAGAAUAAGACAUUUGAAUUGUACAGUUCUUGGACCUGAUGUACAUAACACAAAUUUGAGCAAAUUGAAGACUAUUGUAAUUGACGAUUGUUCAUUUUCUCCUGGAAAAACAGCAGAUCUCAAAUAUGCCAUCAAUAAUCCAUACUUGUACAAUUUAAGAGUAGUAUCUGUGAACAAUAUUGGACGUACGGUAUAUAAAUCUCUUCUUUCUGUUAAAGAGAGAUUGACAGAAUUGAAAUUGGAAAAUAUAUCUACAAAGCUUGGUCCUUUUCCUUCAUCCUUUGAAAUAUUUUCACUUACAAAAUUGGAUUUGAAAUUUACCACUAUACCAGUAGCUCAAAUUUCAUCCAUAGUUACUGCCAUUUUUUCAAACUCGAAAUUUAUUCAACUCACUCACCUACGUUUGAAAGCAAGCCCUUCUCAAGUUAUCACACUUGCUGAUACUACCACUACUAUAGGUAAAGAAUCCAACCUUGUCUAUCUAAAUAUUGGAGGUUUUGGUGAUGCAUUUCUUGUACAAUUGUUCAAGAUGAAGAUGGAAAAAUUACAAUAUCUGUAUAUUGAUAGGGUAGAUAGCCCAGAAGUUUUUCAAGAGUUAGACAACAACUUGACUAUAUCCGGUUUGAAAACGUUAGCCAUUCGUCACAUACACGCAAACUGUCAAGAAGAACUUGUAUCGAUUCCAGAGAAAUUUCCACAACUCGAGUUCCUUGAAAUUAAUCAAUGUACUUAUGUGGAUGAUAUUGAACACUUAUUAAUUUAUCCAUAUACACACUUGAAGAGAUUAUCCUUGAAAUGGUCUAUUGGAAAAUUAAUUAAUACUGAUAUUGGAGUUGGUACAGCAUUUGAAAAUCUAGACAAAUUGACCUUACAUAUUAUACCAAAGACAACCAUUGAAAAUUACAAGACAAUGUCAAUCACUAUGGAUUCAGACUUUUCAAAUAUUAAGGAAAUUAUUUUGAACACUCCUAUUACAUCAUUGGCUCGAGCAAUGUAUUCUGCUCCAAUGAAUAAGGUAACCAGGUUGGAUGUCACCAUUUAUGAUGCAGAAAGUGCACAAGCUUUGAUUCAGAAUACAUCAUUCGAAAAACUUCGUAUUAUCAGAGUGAGAUAUGAUCCAGUUGUAUUGGAAUCUGGUUCACUUGAUGCCAUCAUUAGAAUAUUUAAAAAUCAUAAUCUGAAACUCUACUUUUAUCAUAAUUCAAAAUAAAUAUUCAUUGGCUCG